AAAAACAAUAUUUUUUGACCCACGAGAAGUAAAUUAUUUUUCGGAUAUAAAAAGUUAAUGUUUGUUUUAGCAUGUAAACAAAAAACAUUGCAUUAACCAAUGAACAUGGCUUCGUCCACAUCGAGACCUCUUCUUCUUCUUCUACUUCUAUCCACUGCCAUUUUCGCUCUUGUCCUCUCUUCUCAGUCCGGCUUCGUCGCUCCGAUACUCAUCCCAUCACUCCACGACCAAAAUCACCAUACUCUUCAAACCCAAGAUCUCGAGGGCUUCUUCUUCCCCAUCGAGACCAACCUCUACAUUCAACUCGCCAUUGGAACACCUCUCCGUACCUUCAACCUCAAGCUCGACCCUUCAACGCAUCUCACUUGGCUCGAGUGCGAACCUUGCAACAAAUGUUUCCUCUCUGACUCCAACCGACGUUUCAAUGGCAUUUCGUCGAACACCUUCUCUGCAGUCCCCUGCAACUCCUCUGCUCCCUCCCCCUGUUCUCCGACAAGUACCUUCGUUCAUGCUCGCAUCGACGAGGCCUCUUUCUCUCCGUUCCUCUACUGUUUGGCAUCUGGGUUCUGUGGAUACGACGCCGUUUCCGCCGAAGACUCCAUCUCCAGCGCCGGCAACGUCGUCUCCGACACGCUUCACUUGUUUUCCUCGAUCUCCGUCGCCCAUCAAGACAACACCUUGCCCCUUCAUGGGUUUGUCUUCGGCUGCGGGACCAGCAACACUGUCAGACGACGAGACAACGACGUCGGCGUCGACGGCCGAGCGAGUUUGACGACUCACCGAUUCUCGCUCCUCUCUCAGCUUCGCGUCACGAGAUUCUCCCACUGCCUCUGGGCUUCCUCCGUCGGGCCGCGAAACUAUCUCCGGUUUGGAUCCGCGGCGGAGUAUGGGGACAGAGGGACGGCGACGGUGGCGAUGAUUAACGUGACGGGCUCCUACUUGUUUCACGUUUCCCUGCUCGGAAUCAGCGUUGGGGCGCAGAGCGUCAUGAGAAGCGGCGGCACAUGCACAAUGGCAAUAGAAAUAGGGACGUAUUUCACGCAUCUUGAGACGAACGUGUACGAAGACGUGAAGCGAGAGCUUUUGAUGCAGAUUGGACCGACAAUCGCGUACGAAGUGAACCAGCUCAUGUGUUUCGCACGACCGGACGACGUGGACAUCGAGUCGCUGCCUAAAAUCACACUCCACCUCGGACGGUUCGAUUACUCCAUCUCCAACAAAGGUUUCUAUUUCAGAGACGGCCCAUCUCUAUGUGCUGCGAUCGUUCGAGCUUCCGCCGGCGGCAAUGGCGAGAAAAACGUCUUAGGAGCAUCCGCCCUCGUCGAUCAUGCGGUCGGAUACGAUGUUUCCGAACGGAAGAUCUCGUUUCGAAAGAAAGAUUGUCUCGUCGAUUUCGUCGAUGGUAUGUAG